AUGGCCCCAGCACCAACUGCUCCUCAGGAGGUAGCACCUGCUCUGCUCACGCCUCCAGCCAACAAAGGUUCUCACAGUCUCUCUUUCGAUGCUUCUAAGCAUUUGCACUUCGAGCCGCCCUCUCGGGUCUGGUCUCUGCAGGAUCUGGGCUACCCAGAUAGCCAGGGCAUCUCGCCAAUCGGUGUGACUGAACCAUUUCGUCUCUUCUCCGAAGAAGCCAUCGGAGAAAUGAGAAGAGAACUGUUUACGAACAAGCAGAUAUGGUCCUCACAUCGGUUCUCGAGCAAGUAUGCUGAAUGCCAGCUUCGAGGAUAUGCCCGCGAACAUGCACCGUUCAUUUACAAUGCUUGGAAAGAUUCGGAAACGCUGCGCAUCAUUUCCACCUUAGCAGGCAUCGACGUGGUGCCUGUUAUGGACUACGACAUCGCCCAUAUCAACAUCUCGGGCCCAAGUAUCCCGCAUCUAUCUCCCCUAGAACAAGAUCGAAACAGAGAACUCGUUCAAGAGAAAGAGAUCAAGAAGCCAAAGGUGGAGGACAAGAACGAUGCGAUUGUCAGCUGGCACAAUGAUAGCUAUGCAUUCGUGUGCGUUACCAUGCUCUCGGACUGCACGGGUAUGACUGGAGGCGAGACAGCGUUGAAGACGGCUGACGGCAGUGUUAUCAAAGUUCGAGGACCUCAAAGAGGCUACGCUGUUGUUCUUCAGGGGCGAUACAUCGAUCACCAAGCUCUCCGAACUCUGGGAGGCUCGGAGCGAGUCAGCAUGGUUACCGCGUUCCGAGCGCGAACCUGGGCAAUCCGAGAUGACACUGUUCUUAAGCUGGUGCGACCCAUCUCCAACAUUGAUGAGCUGUACUCCGAGUACGCACAGUAUCGGUUCGAGAUGCUGGAGAACCGGUUCAGAGCUUGUCGAGAAGGGCUGGAUAGAGACAUUGAACGCAAAAGCCCAUUUGAUGUGUCAGGUGCCAGGGCUUUCAUCAGAGCACAGGUGGAAUUUCUAGAGCAGAUGGAAAAGGAGAUCCUAGAGGAGGAUGACUGGAAGAAGAUAUAUGAUGGAUCUUGA